AUGAAGUGGGAAAAUAAACAUAUUUCAAUUGCUGUGUGUUCUCGACGAACUUUCCUUUCAUUGUUACUUCUGGCCCUUCUUUGUGGGAUUCCAAAACGAAUAACUGCGAUGAGAUUGAAUCCGGAACGAAUUGCUGCACGAUUGCGAAUUGAGAAAGAGAUGGAAAUGGAUAGAUUAGUUAAAAUGGGAAGAAACAGACGACAGCUGGCAACACCCAAAGAAAUUUCUAUUUCUAUUACUGCGCCUCUGUUCUCCAGCCGAUUGUUUGAGUAUGGCCCAGAUGUUGGGGACCAAGAGUUACUGCGAAAUUUGGAUGUUGAAAAAAAGAUCAAUCUAAUUUAUCCAUUACGAUUUUAUGGUGUGGACACAUCAACUGUAUAUAUAUUGAGUAAUGGAGGUAUUGUCAUCGAAUCGAAUAGACGAACCUAUCGGCAAAAUGUAUUACCAAGUGAUUUAAAAUUGAUAGCAGUAUUUUGGAAUCGAAAUGACUUACGGAACGGUGGAAAUGUUUAUUUUCGAGAAGUAACAGCGGGACGUAUUCUGGAACGUGGACAAAGUGAAAUCCGUUACCAAUACGAUGAAGUGGUGAAAGUGAAGACAUGUUUGCUAGUCACCUGGGACAAAAUGCAGCCGGUCGGCGCUGCGCCUCUACCUGAAGAUAAUACGAACACUUUCCAAAUGGCACUUUUUAUUACUGACAAUGGCACCUUUGCUAAUUUCAUUUACAAAAAUAUCGGUUGGACACAGGGAGCUGAGGCAGGUUUCAACAAGGGCGAUACGAAGGAAUUUUUCGCACUCCCAACCUCUGGCACCGGUAAUAUCAUGUAUCUGGAAGAAUACGGCAAUACAGGAAUCCCUGGUGAAUGGAUGUUCAAGCUUGGCGACAGAAGAGUGGAACGGUGCAAGUAUGGUAUCAAAGGAGAUACCUGUGACGAAGAAUGUUCGGCUGGUGAAUGGGGUCCAGACUGCGCACUGUGUUGUCAUUGUGCUAGUGGGACUUGUAGCGGAAUCACCGGUGAAUGUAUUGGUGGCAAAUGUUCCGAUUGUUGGACAGGACUGCCAACUUGCCAGGAAAAGAAAAAGGAAUGUGAAACCAUGAUGGAAGAACAUUGCUCUCAUAAUGCCAUAUCAUUCACGGAUUAUGAUCGUUGUGGUGAACCGAUCCAACGAUGUCAAUGCUUGAAAGGGUUCAAAGGUGACGGAUAUACCGUGUGUGACGAUAUAGAUGAGUGCUUGCAACCAGGUGUGUGUCACGAAAAUGCAAUUUGUGGCAAUACCCCAGGACAUUACUUCUGUACAUGUGCGGAUGGAUUCAUUGGUGAUGGAGUGAAUGAAUGUACGAGUUCAUUGCUGUACUCAUACAGAGGGCAUCAGGAAUUACCGAAGGAUAGGAACGCCCGGGUAGUGUUACAGCUCAGACAACCACUUCAAAUAUUUGGCAAGCAAUUGGACAAAUUAAUGAUUUCGACGUUAGGAAUAAUUUCUGUAGAAGACAGCUCGAAAGUUAACGCAGGUGAUCACCUCGCUACCUCCGGAAUACACGGCAUAGCACCCUUCUUUGCAAAUAUUGACAUCCGGAAAGGUGGUCAAAUAUUUGUGGACGAGACAGACGAUCCAAAAGUGCUUUCAAGAGCCACGAAGACAGUUGCAAAUAGCACAAAUGACAAAAAAUUCCAGGCGACGACUGCUGUACUGGUCACUUACGUCAAUGUUACCGAUGCUGAUCGAACGAGUCCAGGCAGUACAUUCCAAACAUUAAUUAUCGGCGGAACAAACAAACAGCACCAAAAUGAAACAUAUGCACAAAUGUUGUACAAGGACUUACCUUGGAGCGAUGGUGCUGAGGCUAGCAUUUUGACGUACGAUUCAAAGAACCCAUUGAUGUUACCUGGAUCGGGUACUAAUGAAAUAGUGCACUUGAGUAAAAGUAGCAAUAUUGGAAAACCAGGUCAGUGGUUGUAUCGAAUUGAUUCCAACGACGUACAGAUGUGCCUUCGACCAAAUCUUCAACCUCCAUAUUGUGAACAGUACGAGGUCACGAGUGAUUCGAUAACUGUCAUGUCACCAAAAUUGAGGGAGACAGCGAUAUCGGAGCAAAGGCACCGAUCUUUGGUUUCGGAGGUGGAUGAGUCGACCGAUGAACUUGUCGAAAUUCCCGGACCUCAGAUAAUUCACCCGGUACUUAUCGAGUCACCACCUUCAUCCCAUAUCCAAUCGGAAAUGAAACCUGGCGAGCACAGUUCCGGAAGUGUUAAGGGUGAAGCAGAAUGGACGAGAAGCCCAACAACACCACACAUACCACUCAUUUCGCUGGACCGUCAUGAUAUCGAAGAUUUACCGCCAGACGCCUUCGAGGUCACCUUCCCACCUUUUAUCACCGUUGUACCGCGACUGUUUACUACUAUCGACAGUACAGAGAGAGGAUUGCUACCGAUUCGCCCAGUGAAGCAAAUUUUGAAGGCACAAUUAUAA